GCCACCCUGGCCGCGGCGCUCCGUCAGGGAAGAGCUGGGCCCUAAAGCCCGCGCUUCGCGCCUCCCGCCAGUCCCAGGUCCCUCCCUGGCGCCCGGAGCGCCCUCGGCGGCUUCUUUUCCUCAGCCGCCCGAAGGAGGACCUGGUUGGAGCUGCGGGCCGGCUGCACCGAUGGAAGCCUCGGAGCCCCGGCCGCGGAGGCUGGGAGGCUGUGGCAGGCUGGAGGAGCUGAAGGUGUCGCCUGCCCUCAGCACAGGGAGCCUCCCCGCCGCCUCCGGAGAUGGGCACCUCGGGGUCCCUGACGGCCAGCGCGUGCCCUCCAGGCCCCAGGAGGCCRCGCCCACCAGGGAGACAGCUCUGACCAUCUGCCUGCAGGUGACCCUGCCCUUUGUCCUCGCGGGCCUGGGGCUGUCCUGGGCUGGCGUGCUGCUGAACUACUUCCAGCACUGGCCCGUGUUCCUGGAGGUGAAGGACCUGCUGACGCUGGUGCCACCCCUCGUGGGGCUCAAGGGGAACCUGGAGAUGACGCUGGCCUCGCGGCUCUCCACCGCCGCCAACACCGGGCAGAUCGACAGCCCCCGGGAGAGACACCGCGUCAUCAGCAGCAACCUCGCCCUGGUCCAGUUGCAGGCCACCGUGGUGGGGCUCCUGGCUGCCGUGGCCGCCCUGCUGCUGGGCGCUGUGACGAGGGAGGAGGUGGCCGUGGCCCGGGUGGCCCUGCUGUGCGCCAGCAGCGUCAUCACCGCCUUCCUGGCGGCCUUCGCCCUCGGCGUGCUCAUGGUCUGCAUAGUGAUCGGCGCCCGGCGGCUGGGCGUCAACCCCGACAACAUCGCCACGCCCAUCGCAGCCAGCCUGGGGGACCUCAUCACGCUGUCCAUCCUGGCCGUGGUCAGCAGCUUCUUCUAUAAACACACAGCCGGUCCCCUUCCUCCUGCAGACAGCUGGCUGCUGGCCCCGCUGGUCUGCCUGGGCUUCGUGGCCCUGACCCCGCUGUGGGUCGUCCUGGCCAAGCGCAACCCGCCCAUCGCCAGGGUGCUGAGGCUCGGCUGGCUGCCCAUCAUCCUGGCCAUGGUCAUCAGCAGCUUCGGGGGCCUCAUCCUGAGCAGGACGCUCUCGGAGCAGCGGUACCGCGGCAUGGCCGUGCUCACCCCCGUCAUCUGCGGCGUCGGUGGCAACCUGGUGGCCAUCCAGAGCAGCCGGAUCUCCACCUACCUGCACGUCCGCAGCUCGCCCGGGGUCCUGCCCCUGCCCAUGAAGGGCUUGUGGCCCCGGCCCUGGGCCACCUUCUGCAGCCCAGAGAUCAACUCCACGUCGGCCCGCGUGCUGCUCCUGCUGGUGGUGCCCGGCCACCUGCUGUUCUUCUUCGUCAUCCGCCUGGUGGAGGGGCCGGCGGUGGCCAGCAGCAGGACCUUCGUGCUGCUGUACCUGCUGGCUGGCCUGCUCCAGGUGAGGACGCUGACCAGCGCACGAGCUCACUGGGUCAGGCCGCCGGCUUUGUCCCCUGCCCUCAGGAGCCACUGUGCAGUGGCAGUGUCCAUGGCUCAGAGGACAGGGCAGGCCUGGCCCGCCCGGGGUGCUGCAAAAGACAUGCGCGGCCUCUGGUCAGGGCUGGUGGCCUGGAGGACGGUGGCGUGUGGAUUUGCCCUGGAAGGUUCUGGAAAGGCUAAGUGGCCAGCGCUGCAGGGCAGAGUGUUCUCGUAGACCCUAGUGGGGGUCCCAGUGGGGUCUCAGGAACCGAGCUGAGGCAGCAGGUGGGUGGCAGCAGGUCUGUGUGGCACUGCUGGAGGCCAGAGCAGGAAAGGGCCCCCAGGAGGGACAGGCCCCCAGGAGGGACAGAGGAGGGUGGCCUUCUGUAGCCAGAGCCCCAGCCGGGCUUCGGAGCGGCCUGUCCUGUGUGGCCAGAAACUUAUAAAAAGGGGCAUUUGAGCCGGGCACCCACUGCCGUCCCAGCGGCCCGGGAGGCUGAGGCAGGAGGAUCUCAAGAGUGGGAGGCCAGCCUCAGCAAAGGGCAAGCCCUGUCUCCAGAUGAAACACC